ACCCCACAACGCCGCACGCAUGUAUCUUGAUCUUCUGUCCUAUUUUAACUGCCUUCGCCGUAGAAACCUACCUCAGGAUGGCCUCGCGAGUGCUAACAAUUUUUCUAGUCAUUACGUUCCUAAGUUCGUGUGAAAUGUUUUGCUCAAACUGCGCCAAUGGUGAGCUGACCUUGACAGAGUUGACCGAAGCCAGGAUAGCGUUCGUGAAACAGCAGAUCUUGAAGAAGUUGAGGCUUAGUAAGAAGCCCGUGGUCGGGUUGCCUGUGAACAGCCUGCCGAUGCCGGUUGCCCAAGGGCAGACCCUCUACGAUAAUACGGAUAAACCGCCAGAGUUUGACGACUACUACGGCCGGACGGAACAGAAGAUCAUAUUUCCUGUUGAAGGCGAAUGCCUAACUUCAGGGCGGUAUCCCUUCAAAUUCGAGCUGCCCCCAGAUGUGGAGCCGGAGGAAGUGGCGGUUGUGGAGCUGUGGUUCUACAAGGAGCCCGAUCCACUAGACGAGUUCAACCAAACGUUCGUAAUCUCCGAAGCUGCACAUUGGGACAACCAGCAGCAGUUCAAGAAGACCAGGCCCAUAGCCAUCAAGGAGACCGAUGUGGGGGAAGGCUGGGUACGAGUGGAGCUGGCCUGGGCUGUCAGGGUCUGGUUGGAGGGGAUGGAGAGGAUACAUACGCUACAUGUGGCGUGCAGGACCUGUCAGCUGCGCCGCGCCCCCCUCUCCUUCCACAAGAAACAUCGUCCAUUCCUCGUCCUGUACACGAGGUACGCCGGCAAACACCGUCGCGGCCGAGCCGUAGAUUGCUCCCCUAACACCAGCGAAUGCUGCAGGGAGCCUCUUUAUGUCAGCUUCAAGGAGCUCGGCUGGGAUGACUGGAUCAUCAGGCCGGCGGGCUACCACGCCUAUUUCUGUAAAGGGACGUGUGCGCCGAUAUCGGAAGUCACGAAGGCGGAAAGUUAUCACCAUAACAUAAUUAGGAAAUAUUUCUACACAAUCUCCAACAAGAAGAAGAUCCAGUUCAACCCUUGCUGCGCCCCCACCACCUUCAGUUCACUACAGCUGCUUUACGUGGAUUCAAACAACACAGUCACCCAAAAAACUUUACCAAACAUGGUCGUGGAGUCAUGUGGUUGUAUGUGAUAAAUGUGGUUUUACGGAUCGAAGGACCGAAAGUUUUCGACUCAAAGGAGAAGAUGAUAGGGACCAAAGUGAAGAAACUAAUGUAGGGUUAAGAACGUGAUUUUGUUAAAUUACAAUGCAAUUAGAAGGUUUUGGAAGGUUAAGAAAUGAUGGAGAUUUUAAAAUAGCUGUAAUUGUGGCCUCAGAGUGACAUAGUUAAAAAAAGGAGUUACGAUCUUUUAAUUAGGACCUUUAUAAACAGUUUCGGAUGUAAAAUAUCAAAUAAAAUGUAGAGAAACGCGUAGUAUUAAAGAGAUUUUGUAAUCAUUUGGAACACUACUUAAAAAAUGGAUAACUUUGUGAUUAAUUAAUAAAUUGUAGAUGUUUAAUUUUCACAAAAAUCUCUUUAUAUUUACAUGUUUUUAAAAAUGUGAAAUUUUCGAAUAAUUAAGUGUGAAAAUGAAACUUGCUGUGAACAAAAUGUGUUAUAGGAAUGUAAGUCGCCGUCUUAAUUGAGAAAUGGUUUGUAGAAAAAUUAUGGAUUCCUAUAAUUGGCGAGAUGAUUGAUUUAUUAGAUAUUUUUGUUAACUUUUUUAUUUAUAAGAAUCGGGCUCAGUGACAUUUAAAAAUAAACUUGUUAUGAAAAAUAAAUACUCGAAUCAAGGAGAUCUUGAGACCCAUAUUCAAUUAUUAAGACGGCCAUUACUUUUAAUUUUAAUUUAAAGUUGCAUUUAUUUAUACUACUUAAUGAAAAUUUUGAUAUGUGGAUGUAAAGAGAAAAUACAUAUGACUUUGGAAAUUACAGUACAGAUACAAUUUUUGAUAUAUAUUUACACUUAUAUUUACAAAUUUAUACGUAAGAUAGUGUUUUUUAUAUUUUUAUACUACAAAUAUUUGGUGAAAUUAAUGUAUUUUCUUAUUACGAAGCAUAUUGAAAUUGUUGUUAUAAUAAUUACGUUAAUUUAAAUGUAAUUCUAUGUAUGAUAAAUUAUCAGUUAGUUUUACGACGUUUUGUUAGGCUUAGGAAAAUUAGAAUGAUUGUAAAUUUUCUUUCAAAUUUGUUCCUAUAAAUAGAAUUUUGUUUGUGUUCACGUUUAUAUACCAGUUGGCAAUUCAACUCACGUGUCUAUCUUUAAAUAUAAACAUCCUUUUUAACCACAAUAUUGUAAUUUUUUUAUUGUUAAAUCUUAAAAACAUCUUCGUUUCUUAAAAUCUUAAUUUAUUUUUCUUAAUAAUUUUAAAUAUUUUGUUGUUUCCUUUUUGUUUAAAAAUAUUAUUAGAUUUUUUUUAAAUAUUCAUGUCACAGUUUUGAAUCAUUUUCAUAUCCAUUACAUUACAUUACAUGUCACUAUAAAAAAAAUUGUUUAAUAAUCACAUGACUAACCAAAAAAACUGCCAGAAAUGUAACAAGUUAUUUCAAUUUACAAUUUAAGACAUAUAAAAUUAAUUUUAAUUCUAUUCGGGCAAUAUCAAAACGCCUUUAGUGUAUUGUGACGACUGUCGUUCCAUAUCGGCUGGACCGAUUUUGAUGGGACUUCCACUGGCAAAUGCUGAAGUCACAAAUAUUAGGUAUAGUUUAAGAUUCAUUUUAGAACAAAAUUGUGAACUUAAUUCACCGAAAAAAAGCCGCAGGUAACGGCUUAUAAACAAAUAUAAGGACACUGCUUUUUUUAAAACUUUUUGCUGUAGUUUCGCAUUGUACUUAAUAAGUGUUAAACCUUGUAGGCGUAAAGUUUCAUACAUUAGUGUCACUUGUCCCAUGGGACUUGUGGGACAAAGCCGCCCCACUUGUCCUGCCAUGGGACUACUCAUUGGAUCUUGUGGAAGACGGCCCACUUUUGCUUUUCCAAAUUAUGCCAAAAUUAUGUCACAUAGAUAGAUAGUAAUAUCUUUUCAUUGCACCAUAAGAGUAAAACAUAUAAAACAGCACAAAAUAGAUAGAGAUGGUACAAAGGCGGACUUAUCGCUAGUGCAAUCUCUACCAGUCAACCUUUGGGUAUAAUAUACAGUAAUACAUAAUUUUCAGUAAUUUCUUUUCUACUUUUGUUAUCAGAUAAUUUUUUUUUUAUAUUGCGAAACCUUUGUAUGAAACCUUGCGCUUAGAGGGGAGUCUGAAAAAAAAUACAAUAUUCCCAAGCCGUGUCCAAGUAUUAUGUACGAUUAAGAUUAUAGCUAAAAGAUAAUAAUAUAU